AUGUCUUUGGAAAAAUCCGACAACCCGGUUGAUUCCCAAACCUUUGAUGAAGUCGAUCUCAAUAACAAAGAUUUUGAGCAAAUAGAAGAUGCUGAUACACUUCAUAUUAUGAAUAAUCAGUAUGUAUUUAUUGUACUUCCGAGCGGUAAUAUCAAAGUGCUUAAACUGCAAAAGGAUACAACUGUGUCAUUAGGAAAAUUUGGUACUUUUCAUACAAAUGAUAUAAUAGGGAAACCUUUUGGUCAUUCUUACGAAAUUUAUGACCGGGAUAAAAUAAAAGUAAUUAAAAAUGUCGCAUUUCACGAAGUUGAUUUAGAUGAAUCUGAUGCAAAUAAUCAGCAAACAAUUGAUGAUCCGUCUAAACAGAAGUUAUCCUAUCAGGAUAUCGAACAAUUAAAAAAGGACGGAUUGGAAGGACAGGAUAUUAUCAAGAAAGUAAUCGAAAGCCAUUCAUCGUUUGAUAAAAAAACAGAAUACUCUAAAGCGAAAUAUAUUAAACGAAAAGAAUCAAAGUUUUCACGCGUUUUUACUCCUGUACGGCCAACAUUAUAUUCUGUAUGGGAAUACUUCUUUGCAAAAAAUCCCUCAAAAAUAAGAGAUAUGCGCAUAGAUACUCUCUCUCAGAUGUUAACAUUAUCAAAUGUAAGAGCCAACGCGAAAUUGUUAGUAGUAGAUGAUACACAAGGACUGUUAAUUACAGGCGUCAUGGAAAGAUUAGGAGGCUACGGCGUUGUGCUUGGUAUACAUGACGGCGAAAAUCAUAAUUAUGACAUUGUAAGAUAUAUGAAUUUUUCGAAAAAGGUUAAUGAGUCGCUAAUGGUAUUAUCUUGGCAACAAAUUUUUAAAGAGGAGUGUCAAGCACCAUUUAAUUAUCAAGAUGAGUCACAACUAUCCGGAAAGGAACUUAAAUUUUAUCUUCGUAAAAAGGCUAAUUAUGAAAAAAUACAAGAAGCAAGAAAAAUUUUAUGGCAAGGCGGGUUUGAUGGGUUAUUGGUUGCAAGUCAAUAUCAACCAGAAUCAAUCUUGGAAACACUAGUCCCUUAUUUGGCUAGAUCACGACCAAUUAUAAUUUAUCAUAUCAACAGAGAGGUAUUAGUGAACACUUGUGUUCACAUGCGAAUAUCAGGAAAAUUCCUAAACCCACAAAUAACAGAGAGUUGGUUACGAGGGUACCAGGUUCUACCUGGUAGAACUCACCCUUCGAUGUCAACAAGCGGAGGUGGUGGUUACCUUUUACAAACAAUAUAUACCAGAGGUUUGUUGGGAGUCUGA